GCGGGGCCGGGCUGGGAGCUAUGGCCGCGCCGGGGGCGGCGGGCGGCGGUAGGAGCGGUGCUCCCGCCGCCGAAUGGGGCGGCUUCGAGGACAAUAUGCAGGGUGGCGGCUCCGCCGUCAUCGACAUGGAGAAUAUGGACGACACGUCGGGAUCCAGCUUCGAGGACAUGGGGGAGAUGCACCAGCGCAUGAAGGAGGAGGAGGAGGAGGAGGCGGAGGGCGAGGCGGGCGCCGGCGAGGAGGAGGACGGGGAGUUCCUGGGCAUGAAGGGACUGCGGGGGCAGCUGGGCCGGCAGGUCGCAGACCAGAUGUGGCAGGUGGGGAAGAGACAAGCCUCCAGGGCCUUCAGCCUCUACGCCAACAUCGACAUUCUCCGGCCCUACUUCGAUGUGGAGCCCGUCCAAGUGCGAGCCAGACUGCUGGAGUCCAUGAUUCCUGUGAAGAUGAUUAAUUUCCCACAGAAGAUUGCAGGCGAGCUGUAUGGACCCCUCAUGCUGGUUUUCACACUGGUGGCCAUUCUUUUGCAUGGAAUGAAGACCUCAGACACCAUCAUUAGGGAAGGCACACUGAUGGGCACAGCCAUUGGCACCUGCUUCGGUUACUGGCUGGGUGUCUCAUCGUUCAUGUAUUUCCUGGCAUAUCUGUGCAAUGCCCAAAUUACGAUGGUGCAGAUGCUCUCACUGUUGGGCUACGGUCUCUUUGGACACUGCAUCACUCUCUUUGUCACCUAUAACAUCCACUUCCACUCCCUCUUCUAUGUCUUCUGGUUGGUUGUUGGUGGACUCUCUACACUACGAAUGGUUGCUGUGUUGGUGUCACGCACCGUGGGACAUACCCAGCGGCUCAUCCUGUGUGGGACUCUUGCUGCUCUGCAUAUGCUUUUCCUCCUCUAUCUGCACUUUGCGUAUCACAAGGUGGUAGAAGGUAUUCUGGACACACUGGAAGGACCCAACAUGCCACCCUUUCAGAGAGUUGCCCGAGACAUUCCAGUUGUUUCCAAUGCUGUAUUGAACACAACAGCCAAAACCAUUGCAUUGACCCUGUAGUUUUACAGACUUGGACUUGCUUCCUUCACUACUUUUGGGGCUGCAUAGGGCCACAGUAACCUGCUGCCUCUUAGGAACAGGACAGAACAACGAGAAGACAACUUGGUUUUGCUUUCCUGGACCCGUCUUCUGCGUUACAGUUUUGGGCAGCUGAGUGGACUCAGCGGAGGUGAGUCACACCUCAGUGACUCAGAAGAGCUACACUCUCCCCCAUCCAGGUCUGGGCUGUCUUGAGUAGAGUGGUUCUGUUGCCUGCAUGUUUAGCUGGGAUUUCCCAGUACAGUUUGUUCCUUAGCCCUCUUUCUGCUUGCUGAUGUAACUCCAGGAGUAUCUGCCCUGUUCCUGUCCUGAAGAGGGAAGAAUUAAAGUUGAUGUUGGUGCUGAGUGAUGUCUUCUGCUUGAGCCUGCUUGCCUGAUGGGAGCAUGGUGUUUGGGU